AUGGACGGUGGAAAGGACAUGGAGGAGAAGAAAGGAAGAAACGAAGUCGUUUUGCAGAUUUCGGUCACCGAAGGACAGACUGGUUUGAAUAAUGAAACCCGAGACUCGAAUCUUGAGCUAACGGAGCUUCAGAGCCUCAGAGUGUCAGGUUCUGCUUCUCCUUCUCCAGAGAUUUCAGGGCAAAGUCUCACACCCGGUAAGCCUCCGAAAGUCCCAACCGAACCCGCUUCUCGACGAGCUUCGUUUUCGAGGUCUGCGUUCUCAAAACCCAAGUCGAGAUUUGUUGAGCCAGUUCCUCCUGGUGAAAUGAAGGUGACUGAUGAAAAUACACAGUUGAAGUCAACUGCUAAUUCGCCUAAUGUGGCAUCACCAAGCUCAAAAGCCACAGCCACAACUCCAAGAGACACUCUAAGAUCAGCCCCCGUAACCCCACGAACACCGUUGAUCGAACCGGGUGGCGAGGAAGACGAUGAUGAUGAGGUGUAUAAGACUGCCAAUCUUAAGGUGCGUGAGAAGUCCGGUAAGAAGAAGUUGAAAAAGUUGGUCUUGAUUGAGUUGAUUGUAUUUGUGUGCGUUGUUGGGUUUUUAAUUGCUUGCUUGACUGUUACUAAGUUGGAGCACAAGAAGAUUUGGAGUUUGGAACUAUGGAAAUGGUGUGUUUUGGUGGUGGUUGUCUUAUGUGGCAGAUUGGUCACAGAAUGGUUGAUUAAUGUUCUAGUUUUCUUGAUUGAAAUGAACUUCCUGCUUAAGAAGAAAGUUCUGUACUUUGUUUAUGGAUUGAAGAGAAGUGUGCAGAUUUUUAUUUGGUUGGGUUUGAUUCUUCUGGCAUGGGCUUUUUUGUUCGACGGCCACGGGGUGAAGAGGUCAAGGAAAACCUCUAGGAUUCUAGGUUAUGUUACAAGGGGCCUGGCUUCUUGUCUAAUUGGAUCAGCCAUAUGGCUGGCGAAGAAUUUGUUUGUGAAAUUAGUAGCUUCUUCUUUCCAAUGCUCGAGAUUCUUUGAUCGGAUUCAAGAAUCAAUCUUUCAUCAGUAUGUUCUCCGCACCCUUUCAGGGCCUCCAUUGAUGGAGAUGGCAGAAAAAGUAGGAAGGACACCAAGUACUGGCCAGUUGAGUUUCAAAAAUAUGAAGGACGCGGCAAAUAAGGGGAAGGAAGGGGCCAAACAAGAGGUGAUUGAUGUAGAAAAGCUCAAGAAGAUGAAGCAAGACAAAGUUUCUGCUUGGACCAUGAAAGGGUUGAUUAAUGUUGUAAGGAGUUCUGGGUUAUCUACCAUCUCCAACACACUUGAGAGCAUUGAUGAGGAGGAGGGCGAGCAGACAAAUAAAGAGAUUACUAGUGAGUGGGAAGCAAAGGCUGUGGCUUAUGAUAUUUUCCUUAAUGUAGCCAAGCGCGGCAGCAAGCACAUUGAGGAAGAUGAUCUCUUGCGCUUCAUGAAGAAGGAGGAGGUCGACCUUGUACUUCCUCUGUUUGAAGGAGCAGCAGAAAGUGGAAAGAUCAAGAGAAAAGCUUUGAAGAACUGGCUGGUGAAUGUCUACCUUGAACGCAAAUCACUGGCACAUUCUUUAAAUGACACUAAAACAGCUAUAGAGGAGCUGAAUAGGCUUGCCUCAGGACUUUUGCUUCUUGUGAUCCUUAUUGUGUGGUUACUUCUGAUGGGAUUUUUGACAACCAACAUACUGGUCUUUAUAUCAUCACAGCUUUUACUGGUGGUGUUUGUGUUUGGUAAUACUGCGAAAACUGUGUUUGAAGCCAUCAUAUUCGUCUUUGUGAUGCACCCAUUUGAUGUAGGCGACCGUUGUGUUGUUGAUGGAGUACAGAUGAUUGUUGAAGAGAUGAACAUAUUGACAACGAUCUUCUUGAGAUUUGACAAUGAGAAAAUAUACUAUCCAAAUUCAGUACUGGCUUCUAAACCCAUCAGCAACUUUUAUAGGAGCCCGGAGAUGGGUGAUUCUGUUGAAUUUGCUGUUGAUGCUUCUACGACGGUUGACACUAUCAAUUCUCUAAAAGGCAGAAUAAAAUCGUACUUGGAUGGCAAGACUCAGCACUGGCGUCCCACCCAUAGCGUGGUGGUUAAGGAUAUUGAGGAUGUGAACAAGAUGAAAAUGGCACUUUACGUUACGCAUACCAUAAACUUUCAGAACUAUGGAGACAAGAGCAGCAGGAGAUCAGAAUUAGUCUUAGAGCUGAAGAAAAUAUUUGAAGAUCUUGGUAUAAAAUAUCACCUCCUGCCUCAAGAAGUUCACCUCCGCUACGUUGGGCCACCUACUUCAGAACUUCCACCGACAUGGCGGUGA